AUGCCUCCGCCGAACCCUCGAGGCAGUGGCCCGUCGUCGGGCCCUCCUGGCGACUACAAGGCCAUUGCCGCCCAGUUCGCAGCAGCCAAGCGCCGCCAGCAGGUCGCAGAGGCCGACAGCAAGCACGAGGACCCGCGCGAGGAGCAAAAGAAAGCAAGCAUCCUGCAGAGGCAGCGCGAGGCCCUCGAGGCACGCCGGAAAUCCGCCUACGAGCGCCGGUGGGGAUGGACGCUGGGCUUCUGGGUCUGGAUGCUCUGCAUCCACGUGAUAGGCAUCGCAUACUUCACCUCGGGGUUCCUGUUGACCAGACUGGUCCUGGACGAGAAGUCAAGCUGCGAUGUCAACCCCGUGGACGGCACGGAGGGGAGGGACCUGAGCAUUCUGCCGGACUGGAAGGGGCGCGGUACGGUGGACGGCGGCUGCUGGCACCCCAAGACGUUCGACAAGGCCGUUGUCGUCCUGAUCGAUGCGCUGCGGUAUGACUUCACCGUGCCCAUAGAAGACGACGCCGAGUUCCACAAUGCCUUUCCCUUCCUGUACGAGACCGCUGUCAAGUCGCCCAACAACGCCUUCCUGAGGCCCUUCAUCGCCGACCCCCCGACGACGACGCUGCAGAGACUCAAGGGGCUCACAACGGGGACGCUGCCUACAUUCAUGGAGGUGGGAAGCAACUUCGCAGGCACCGCCAUCGAGGAGGACAACCUGCUGAUCCAGCUCCGCGAUGUUGGCAAGAAGAUUGUGCACCUGGGGGAUGACACCUGGGAUGCCCUGUUCCCGGAAUACUUCCAGCCCAACAUCAGCAGGUCGUACGACAGCUUCAAUGUCUGGGAUCUGCAUUCGGUCGAUAACGGGGUCCUCGAGCACAUAUUCCCGCUGCUGCAGGCGGACAGGAAGGGACAAUGGGACCUGCUUAUCGGACACCUCCUCGGUGUCGACCAUGCCGGCCAUCGCUACGGACCCGCCCACGCUGCCAUGACAGCGAAGCUGCGCCAGAUGGACGACUUUGUCAGGAAUCUCGUGGACACCAUCGAUGACGACACGCUAUUGGUUGUCAUGGGUGACCACGGCAUGGACCCCAAGGGCGACCACGGAGGCGAGAGCGACGACGAGGUGGAAGCUGCGCUCUGGAUGUAUUCAAAGAAGGCUGUCUUUGGCAGGACAAAACCCGAGUUCGUCGCCCCGCCUGCCACGGCCAAGGUACGACCUGUCAACCAGAUUGACCUCGUGCCGACCCUUGCCCUCCUCCUGGGUGUCCCCAUUCCAUAUAACAACCUGGGCGCACCCAUCGAAGAGGCAUUCGCAGGCAAGAAGGGAGAUGCUUGGAACAGCCUGGCGUCAGCGUCUCGCGUGACUGCUGCGGGAAUCAAUCGGUACCAAGCGUCGUACUUUGCCGCGCGUGGCCUCGAACAGACAGCCGAGGCUGCAGCGCCGGCUGCCCUCUUCAGCAGCGCUGAGAAAGUCCUCAAGGACGACACGAGGGGCAAGUCCCGCGAGCUUGUGUAUGCCGCAUUCAUGGACUACCAGGCAGAGACCCUGAGGAUAUGCAAGAGCCUGUGGGCCAGGUUCGACGUGCCAAGCAUGCUGAUUGGCCUUGUUGUCACCGGGCUCGGCCUCGUCGCGCUGGUUCUGUACGCCACCAAGGAUGAAGACGACAUCUUUGCUGCUUUGGACAACAUCGAGCUCGACAUUGCCGAGAGGAAGCUGGAGGCCGAGGGUAUCGGGGCGGACGCGGAGGCUCUCUCGGACCAGACCCGCCAGAAGACCGUCACAUUGGCUGCCGUGGCUGGCGCUGUCCCGGGAGCAGUCCUCGGAGCUGCAUAUGCUGCGGCCACCAAUGCGCCAGACUACCGCCUCGCUGCUGCGGGAGCUGGCAUCGCAAGUACUAUCCUAGUUGUCGGCGCCCUCCUCCGCAAUUCCCUUGUGUUGCCCAUCCCUUCGAGCAUCUGGGGCUGGAUGGCCGCCGUGUUCACCAUCAGCCAGUCCAUCGGCUUCGCGUCAAACUCCUACACCAUCUGGGAAGACAGUAUUCUUCUCUUCUUCACCACCACAUUCGGCCUUGCGAGUGCACUUGCGUCUCUGAACAUCGAGAAACUGACAGACCGAUACUUUGCCGUCUACCACUCAAUCCUCUUCGUCCUACUUGGCCGGGCCGUGUCCUUCUCAAAGCUCUGUCGGGACGAGCAGUAUCCCUACUGCAUGACGACGUACUAUGCGUCCUCGGCCUCUUCCACAGCCGCGACCUGGCACCUGGCCAUACCUUUCUCAGUCUUUGCCAUUCUUCCCUCGAUCAUCAAGGCCUUCUACAUGCCCACCCGCUCCUACCACGGCCUGGCACCAACGUGGAUCAGCUACGCUCUCCGGGCCUCGCUCUUCCUGUCUGCCGCCUACUGGACAAUGGACACGGCAGACAAUGAGAACUGGGCUACUGGGCUUUCCGACGGCAUGCUCAAGAUGUUCAGCGUGUACACCGCACAGCUGGCCCUUGCUAUCGCCGUUGUCGCGGGCACGACUGCAUUCAUCUGGGCGCCACCCUGCAUCUCCAUCCUCACGACCUCGACCAACGCCAAGCGCGCCCAGAUCGCCGUCCUCGGCUACGCCAACGCCAACGGCGCCCGGUACCUCUUCCUGCCGCUCAACAUCAUGACCGCCUGCAUCAUACUGUCGAAGCCGAUGGGCGGGGGUGCCAUUGCGAUCAUGAUGUGGCAGGUCCUGUCGCUGAUGGAGAUCCUGGACCUGAACGAGCUCACGGGCGAGACCAUCGGCCCGGUCAUGCUGGGCCUGCUGGGCAACUUCCACUUCUUCAAGACGGGCCACCAGGCCGUGCUCAGCAGCAUCCAGUGGGACGCGGCCUUCAUCCCGCUCUUCUCGAUACGGUACCCGUGGACGCCGCUGCUGAUCAUCCUCAACACGUACGCGGGCCAGAUCCUGGCGGCGGCGUCGGUCCCGCUGGUCGUGCUGUGGAAGACGGGCCCCAAGCGCAAGGGCGUGCUAGAGAGCGUCAGCAGGGCGCUAGGCAUCUUCGUCGCGUACUACGCCGUCGAGUCGCUAGCCACGAUGGCGUGGGCCGGCUGGCUGAGGAGGCACCUCAUGCUGUACCGCGUGUUCAACCCGAGGUUCAUGAUGGCGGCGAUGGUGCUGCUGAUCGUGGACCUGGUGGGGAUCCUGGUCACGCUGACGGGCGUGAGGAGCAACACGCUCUCCAUCGGCGAGGUGUUUGGCAUGGCGGAAUAG